CUAAAUUUAGAAGAUUAAUAGAAAUUCUUGCGAACCCAAUAAAAACAACAGAAAUUUCAGAACUUGGUAGUUGACCAUAAUUUCGUUGUUAACAUAUCAUAUUACCGUUACACGUGUAAAUCUCGGUCUUUCUUCUGCCAGACGUACAAAUUUGUAACAGACAUUGGACCCUCCUCAUUCUCCACAAGUUUCUGUGCAAACCCGCACAGGAACCUAUCGUGAUCAUUCCAGUCCAUCGGUUUCCACUGCUAAAUAGUGUUGUUUUGUAGUGGGUUUUACGAUAUCUAGAUUUGCUCUCCUAAUCGAUCUGCGUUUUCUUUCAACACUCCAUUGGAAUUUUUGCUGCGGAACCAACCGGAUUUGAACUAUCGUGUUUUUUAUUACUGUCGCUUCGCGGACCCGCAGUCAAUAACCAUGUCGCUAAUGUAUUUGGAAGAUUAUCUUGAAUUGGUAUCCUUCCUUCCUCAGGAAUUUCGUGAACGUUUGACAAAAGUUCGGGAACUUGAUCUGGAAUCCAGUAAUCGGCGUGACAAUAUCGAGAAACUUAAGAAGCAGCUGCAGAAAGCAGGACGAACUUCCAAGGCUGAUCAGAACGUUCCGGAACAUUCUUCGGACUCUUUGACGCCUAAUGACAGAGCUAACAUUGUAGCUGAAAUUGAGAUGGAGUAUGACAAAAUUGUUCAGCUUGGAGUGGAGAAAGCUAAGCUGGUGGCAGGUUUGGAGGAAAUGAUGAUCAGGUACAAUAAGAGGUUGACGACCGACACGGAAAAGUUCAAAUUGGAACUCGAAGCUGACAAUCCUGGGAUUACGGAAAGUUUAGAGGCCAAAGCUGAAGCUGAAAUGAAGAAUUUAUACGAAGGCGGAUCGAAGGUUCUCUCCACUGAAGUUCCACGCAACUUAAGCUCUCGCCGUAUUGCAGAUAUGGGAACAAUAGCUGCAAUGCGGAAACAGGGACUGCUUCAAGGACAAGGAGGAGGAGCGGGAGUUUUGGCUCGCGCUGCUACUCAGGCUAUAGCCGCCACCCAGCAGAUGUCUCAUGGCCGCCGAACGGCCUCUCUAAAAGCUAGCUACGAAGCUGCUGUCAGAAGUACACCAACAGGAACCAGUCGAGCGGUGUCCACGGAAGGCGAAGAAAAUCCAGCCAGAGGUGGGCGAAAACGAGGGAGUCGUGCAUCGCGGAAAGCCGAGGUGGACACCGAAACCGAAGAUACCGGCACAGACACCCAAGACGACGACAAGCUGACGUACUGUUUCUGCAAAAAUCCCAGUUUUGGUUUUAUGGUCGCCUGCGAUAACCCCUCGUGUCCAAUUGAAUGGUUUCAUGGGAGCUGCGUCAAUGUUACGGCAGAGGAGGUAGAAGGCAAAAAUUGGUAUUGCCCAGACUGUGUGGAAGCGAUGAAAAGGGAAAAGAAAUAUAAGGCCGUUAGACACGAGUUAUCCAAGAUGGACCUGCAUUCGAAGCAAGAUGCAUCUCACAAAUCCAAAAAGAAUCGGAAGCCGCAGUGAAACGGAUGAAAUAGCACUGUUAAGUGCAAACUUAGCCGAAUAUAUACGAUGGAUCUAGAAAUUUUGUACUUACAUUUAUUUAUGUUGCAUGUGUGUAACUUUAAUGGCGAUUUGGCGUUUAAUACAGUGUGCAUUACCGUGGAGCAUGUGCUUUUCGGAACUGCAUCUUCGCAUGCUUUCUAACUUUGGAGAUAUUAAACUUGCUUACGUCUCUUUUUUUCCAUAAUCUGACUGCUGUUUAGCUUGGUGGAAUUUGUAAACCAUACCAAGUCGAGUGAAAGUAGUAAUUAAGUGCUGAUGGUGAAUUUGCACCAUUUUAGUUCGUUUGAUAUCAUCAAGUAUCUG